AUGGCGGUAAUAAGGACGAAUUUGACGAAGAACCUUUUCUCAGCUCUCGGCGGCAGGAUCCUCAAUCCCCUGAGAUCCGGACACGGCGGCUACUCUAAUCCGUUUCCAGCUGCGGCGGCCUAUUCCUCCUCCGCCGCCGCCGCUCUGGAAACUGCGGUGCCGGAGCCAUUCGACCUGUUGGGAGUGAAAGAUUACGAGGAUUACAGGAGGUCUCUGUACGGCGACGUCACUCACAAGGCUCUCCUCGUCGACGCCGUCGGCACUCUCGUAGUUCCCUCUCAGCCAAUGGCUCAGAUAUACAAACAAAUUGGGGAGAAAUAUGGAGUGGAUUGCUCUGAGGAUGAGAUACUGAAUCGAUACAGAAGGGCUUAUGAACAGCCAUGGGGCAGAUCUCGUCUCAGAUAUGUUAAUGAUGGCAGACCAUUCUGGCAACAUAUAGUCACUUCUUCAACAGGCUGCUCGGAUCUCCAGUACUUUGAAGAACUUUAUAACUACUACACAACUGAUAAGGCUUGGCACCUCAAUGACCCUGAAGCUGGGAAAAUAUUUGAUGCCAUUAGGAAAGCUGGUGUUAAGGUGGCUAUUGUGUCCAAUUUCGACACUCGGUUGAGGCCUGUCUUGCGCGCCUUAAACUGUGAUCAUUGGUUCGACGCUGUAGCAGUUUCAGCUGAAGUGGCUGCAGAGAAGCCUAAUCCGACGAUAUUUCUAAAAGCGUGUGAGCUCUUGGGAGUUGAACCUGAAGACGCUGUUCAUGUGGGGGAUGACCGUAGGAACGACGUAUGGGGAGCAAGGGAUGCUGGCUGUGAUGCAUGGCUUUGGGGGAGCGAUGUACGGUCCUUCAAGGAGGUUGCACGAAGGAUAGGGGUGCGAGUCUAA